AUGGUGAUAGCCAAAUCCUGCAAGUUGCCUCCAAAGAAGGCACAGCCCCCAUUGGACCCCCACGGGAGAGAGGGAUGCCUCUUGCCCUCACUUCCCCCCAGAAGUCUGAGCCCUUCAGCCAGCUCCAGGCGCACCAGACCCCAGGGUCUCCGGACUGAAACUAUCGGGUCACUGUGGAGGGAAAGGGAAGGCCCAGAUGCUUCUCAGGGAGGGGUGAGAAGAGAGCAGGCCGGGGAGCAGACCCGCAGUCCCCGCGUCGCGGCCACGUCUUCAAAAACGCCCACGAGCUCAGGGCCAGGCGCGGCUGUCUGGCCUCUGCGACUCUGGGGGCCCGUCUACCUAGCUACUGGGGGGAGCUCGGCGGUUGCCAGUACUCCUGCCACUGCCCCCACCCCAGCCAUCCCAAAGCGGCCCCACGGACCUAGAGGGUACAGGGGCGAGAUGAGACAUCACCCACUGCGUAGAAGCUGUUGCUGCCGCUGCUGUCACAGGCUCCGGGAGGAACUGACACCGGGCACCGGGGCCGAAAGGUCCCCUCCCGCCGCUUUCCCGGGCUGCGAUCGGGUGCGGGGGCGCGGCCCGCGAGCUGCUGCGCGGAAGGAAAUCGCCCCGCGCCCGCCUGCGGAGGGCGGCGGAGAGGGAAGGGGGAGGGCAGCGAGGAGGCGGGCAGAGGGGCCGGCCGCCGGAGCCAGGUCGUUUUUGAAUGACACCUCGCGGGCUCGCCGGCACCGGCAGCGUUUCCGAGAGGCCGAGCAGGGUGUGCUUGCGGCCGUUGGGCGCCUUCUUUUUGGACCUCGGGGCCAUCCACACCGUCCCCUCCCCCUCCCGCCUCCCUCCCCGCCUCCCCCGCGCGCCCUCCCCGCGGAGAUCCUCCCCGUCCCUCCUCCCGCUCCGUCCUCGGCGGGCCGCACCGCCCGGGCCGGCGCCGCGCGCGGGGGAAGCUGGCGGGCUGAGGCGCCCGGCUCUCCUCCUUUUCCCGGGCCGCCCCUCUGCCCCGGGCCUGCGAGGCCGCGCGUUGCCACCUGA